AUGAAAUACCCCGAUGAGGUUGGUGAGCCUUCAGCUGCGUGUACUGAUCCUUCUGCUUCCUCAAGAACACACGAACCACAUAUUGGUGACAAUGGCGAGCAAGAUGCCGUUCUCCUGAAGAAGAGAUCAUCAGUGCAUCCGAGGACGGUGCACGAACAGGAGAGGCCGUAUAAGUAUUGGGUGGUUUCGAUCCCCACCCGCCUUCUAUACCCCGAUGAGGUUGGUGAGCCUUCAGCUGCGUGUUCUGAUCCUUCUGCUUCCUUAAGAACACACGAACCACAUAUUGGUGACAAUGGCGAGCAAGAUGCCGUUCUCCUGAAGAAGAGAUCAUCAGUGCAUCCGAGGACGGUGCACGAACAGGAGAGGCCGUAUAAGUAUUGGGUGGUUUCGAUCCCCACCCGCCUUCUAUACCCCGAUGAGGUUGGUGAGCCUUCAGCUGCGUGUUCUGAUCCUUCUGCUUCCUCAAGAACACACGAACCACAUAUUUGUGACAAUGGCGAGCAAGAUGCCGUUCUCCUGAAGAAGAGAUCAUCAGUGCAUCCGAGGACGGUGCACGGUCAGGAGAGGCCGUAUAAGUAUGUAUCAGAAAUCAUAGUGGGUGGUUUCGAUCCCCACCCGCCUUCUAUAAAAGAAAGGCCUCAGUGUGCCACGGGCUCUGUUGCUGCUCGGACGUUGACAAGAAAGGUGGUUGGUGUCGACGCCGCAUACUUUCCUGAUUGCGAUGACGAAUACCCUGAUGACGUUGGUGAGCCUUCAGCUGCGUGUACUGAUCCUUCAGCUUUCUCAAGAACACACGAACCACAUAUUGGUGACCAUGGCGAGCAAGAUGCCGUUCUCCCGAAGAAGAGAUCACCAGUGCAUCCGAGGACGGUGCACGGUCAGGAGAAUUGCGAUGACGAAUACCCCGAUGAGGUUGGUGAGCCUUCAGCUGCGUGUACUGAUCCUUCUGCUUCCUCAAGAACACACGAACCACAUAUUGGUGACAAUGGCGAGCAAGAUGCCGUUCUCCUGAAGAAGAGAUCAUCAGUGCAUCCGAGGACGGUGCACGGUCAGGAGAGGCCGUAUAAGUAUUGGGUGGUUUCGAUCCCCACCCGCCUUCUAUACCCCGAUGAGGUUGGUGAGCCUUCAGCUGCGUGUUCUGAUCCUUCUGCUUCCUCAAGAACACACGAACCACAUAUUGGUGACAAUGGCGAGCAAGAUGCCGUUCUCCUGAAGAAGAGAUCAUCAGUGCAUCCGAGGACGGUGCACGGUCAGGAGAGGCCGUAUAAGUAUGUAUCAGAAAUCAUAGUGGGUGGUUUCGAUCCCCACCCGCCUUCUAUAAAAGAAAGGCCUCAGUGUGCCACGGGCUCUGUUGCUGCUCGGACGUUGACAAGAAAGGUGGUUGGUGUCGACGCCGCAUACUUUCCUGAUUGCGAUGACGAAUACCCUGAUGACGUUGGUGAGCCUUCAGCUGCGAGUACUGAUCCUUCAGCUUCCUCAAGAACACACGAACCACAUAUUGGUGACCAUGGCGAGCAAGAUGCCGUUCUCCCGAAGAAGAGAUCACCAGUGCAUCCGAGGACGGUGCACGGAUGCGCGCGUGAUAUGUUGGCUUGCGUGUGGUGUGAGGCAAGUGUCUGCCUUGCUGGUCGAAACGGACUGCCAAUGUGGUCCGGUCAUUCUGUGUUCCUGAGGCCAGUUCCUGAUUGCGAUGACGAAUACCCUGAUGACGUUGGUGAGCCUUCAGCUGCGUGUACUGAUCCUUCAUCUUCCUCAAGAACACACGAACCACAUAUUGGUGACCAUGGCGAGCAAGAUGCCGUUCUCCCGAAGAAGAGAUCACCAGUGCAUCUGAGGACGGUGCACGGUCAGGAGAGGCCGUAUAAGUAUGUAUCAGAAAUCAUAGUGGGUGGUUUCGAUCCCCACCCGCCUUCUAUAAAAGAAAGGCCUCAGUGUGCCACGGGCUCUGUUGCUGCUCGGACGUUGACAAGAAAGGUGGUUGGUGUCGACGCCGCAUACUAUCUGACUGAAUUGCAUGUCUCCCGAGCUAUCGCUUUGCUUGAAGAGGGUCGAACUAUGCGUUAUGUAGGAAAUGAUCUAGGAGUAGCCCCUUCUGUUAUCUACAGACUUUGGAAGCGAUACCGUGAGACGGGAGAAUACUCACGAAGGCGUGGUCAAGAAAUUUCCGAACAGACAGUAAGAAAUAGGUUGUUGGAAGCCAAUUUGAGAUCACGCCGACCAGUUCGGGCUGUGCGUCUAACAAUUCAACAUAGACAAGCUCGCCGACAGUUCGCGCAAAAUCACGCUAAUUGGCAACUUCGACAUUGGAGGCCAGUGCUUUUUACUGACGAAUCACGAUUCCGUCUAACACGUUGCGAUGGUCGUCUCCGUUUUAACAGACGCCCAGGCGAGCGAUACAGUGCAGCAGCAGUCCAGGAAUAUGACAAAUUUGGAUGUGGCUCUGUGAUGGUUUGGAGCGGAGUUAGUUUGGACGAGCGCACAGAUCUCGUCGUUGUUCCCGGGCGCUUGUGUCCUCAAACUUACAUUGAAAAUGUGCUCGAAGAUUAUGUUUGGCCCGCAGCAUAUGGUAUGGGCCCAGAUUUUCUUUUAAUGCAAGAUAAUGCCAGGCCGCAUACUGCAGCCAUCACUUUAAGCUAUAGAAAGGAGAAAAAUCUUGUUCCGCUAAUUGUUUUGAGCAGUAUACUAUCAAAACAACAAGGCCUCAGUGUGCCACAGGCUCUGUUGCUGCUCGGACGCUCGGACACAGAUUGCGAUGACGAAUACCCUGAUGACGUUGGUGAGCCUUCAGCUGCGUGUACUGAUCCUUCAGCUUCCUCAAGAACACACGAACCACAUAUUGGUGACCAUGGCGAGCAAGAUGCCGAUCUCCCGAAGAAGAGAUCACCAGUGCAUCCGAGGACGGUGCACGGUCAGGAGAGGCCGUAUAAGUACGUAUAUUGCGAUGACGAAUACCCCGAUGAGGUUGGUGAGCCUUCAGCUGCGUGUACUGAUCCUUCAGCUUCCUCAAGAACACACGAACCACAUAUUGGUGACCAUGGCGAGCAAGAUGCCGUUCUCCCGAAGAAGAGAUCACCAGUGCAUCCGAGGACGGUGCACGGUCAGGAGAGGCCGUAUAAGUAUUGUGUGCCUUGCUGGUUGAAACGGACUGCCAAUGUAGUGCGGUCAUGGUGUGUUCCUGAGGCUAGCAACCUUGAGAAGCGGGCCUCGGCAGACGUGCAUCCUGUGCGCGUGGCGGGCGCCGCGCUGUCCCGGAAGAUGUGUUCUUUGAACAAAUCAGACGCAGUCCUGGUUCACGUUACUAACGUGGGAACUUGUACAAGUGCAAAUUGCGAUGACGAAUACCCCGAUGACGUUGGUGAGCCUUCAGCUGCGUGUACUGAUCCUUCUGCUUCUUCAAGAAUACACGAACCACAUAUUGGUGACUAUGGCGAGCAAGAUGCCGGUCUCCUGAAGAAGAGAUCACCAGUGCAUCCGAGGACUGUGCACGGUCAAGAGAGGCCGUAUAUGCAUUGUGUGCCUUGCUGGUUGAAACGGACUGCCAAUGUAGUGCGGUCAUUGUGUGUUCCUGAGGCUAGCAACCUUGAGAAGCGGGCCUCGGCAGACGUGCAUCCUGUGCGCGUGGCGGGCGCCGCGCUGUCCCGGAAGAUGUGUUCUUUGAACAAAUCAGACGCAGUCCUGGUUCACGUUACUAACGUGGGAACUUGUACAAGUGCAAAUUGCGAUGACGAAUACCCCGAUGACGUUGGUGAGCCUUCAGCUGCGUGUACUGAUCCUUCUGCUUCUUCAAGAAUACACGAACCACAUAUUGGUGACUAUGGCGAGCAAGAUGCCGGUCUCCUGAAGAAGAGAUCACCAGUGCAUCCGAGGACUGUGCAAGGUCAAGAGAGGCCGUAUAAGCAUGUAUUUGGUGAGCCUUCAACAGCGUGUACUGAUCCUUCUGCUUCCUCAAUAACACACGAACCACAUAUUGGUGACCAUGGCGAGCAAGAUGCCGUUCUCCCGAUGAAGAGAUUACCAGUGCAUCCAAGGACGGUGCACGGUCUGGAGAGGCCGUAUAAGUAUCUAUUGCGGUCAUGGUUUGUUCCUGAGGCCAACAGACUUGAGAAGUGGGCCUUGGCAGACGUGCAUCCUGUGCGCGUAGCGGGCGCUGACCCGGAAGAUAUGUUCUCUGAACACAUCAGGCGCAGUCCUGGUUCACAUUGCGAUGACGAAUACCCCGAUGACGUUGGUGAGCCUUCAGCUGCGUGUACUGAUCCUUCUGCUUCUUCAAGAAUACACGAACCACAUAUUGGUGACUAUGGCGAGCAAGAUGCCGGUCUCCUGAAGAAGAGAUCACCAGUGCAUCCGAGGACUGUGCACGGUCAAGAGAGGCCGUAUAAGCAUGUAUAUUGCGAUGACGAAUACCCCGAUGACGUUGGUGAGCCUUCAGCUGCGUGUACUGAUCCUUCUGCUUCUUCAAGAUCACACGAACCACAUAUUGGUGACUAUGGCGAGCAAGAUGCCGUUCUCCUGAAGAAGAGAUCACCAGUGCAUCCGAGGACGGUGCACGGUCAGGAGAGGCCGUAUAAGCAUGUAUUGGGUGGUUUCGAUCCCCACCCGCCUUCUAUAAAAGAAAGGCCUCAGUCUGCUUCGGGCUCUGUUGUCGCUCGGACGUUGACAAGAAAGAUGGUUGGUGUCGAGGCCGCAUACUCUGCGUGUACUGAUUCUUCUGCUUCUUCAAGAUCACACGAACCACAUAUUGGUGACUAUGGCGAGCAAGAUGCCGUUCUCCUGAAGAAGAGAUCACCAGUGCAUCCGAGGACGGUGCUCGGUCAGGAGAGGCCGUAUAAGCAUGUAUCUGCGUGUACUGAUUCUUCUGCUUCUUCAAGAUCACACGAACCACAUAUUGGUGACUAUGGCGAGCAAGAUGCCGUUCUCCUGAAGAAGAGAUCACUAGUGCAUCCGAGGACGGUGCACGGUCAGGAGAGGCCGUAUAAGCAUGUAUAUUGCGAUGACGAAUACCCCGAUGAUGUUGGUGAGCCUUCAGCUGCGUGUACUGAUCCUUCUGCUUCCUCAAGAACACACGAACCACAUAUUGGUGACUAUGGCGAGCAAGAUGCCGUUCUCCUGAAGAAGAGAUCACCAGUGCAUCCGAGGACGGUGCACGGUCAGGAGAGGCCGUAUAAGCAUGUAUUGGGUGGUUUCGAUCCCCACCCGCCUUCUAUAAAAGAAAGGCCUCAGUCUGCCACGGGCUCUGUUGUCGCUCGGACGUUGACAAGAAAGGUGGUUGGUGUCGAGGCCGCAUACUAUUGCGAUGACGAAUACCCCGAUGACGUUGGUGAGCCUUCAGCUGCGUGUACUGAUCCUUCUGCUUCUUCAAGAAUACACGAACCACAUAUUGGUGACUAUGGCGAGCAAGAUGCCGGUCUCCUGAAGAAGAGAUCACCAGUGCAUCCGAGGACUGUGCACGGUCAAGAGAGGCCGUAUAUGCAUUGUGUGCCUUGCUGGUUGAAACGGACUGCCAAUGUAGUGCGGUCAUUGUGUGUUCCUGAGGCUAGCAACCUUGAGAAGCGGGCCUCGGCAGACGUGCAUCCUGUGCGCGUGGCGGGCGCCGCGCUGUCCCGGAAGAUGUGUUCUUUGAACAAAUCAGACGCAGUCCUGGUUCACGUUACUAACGUGGGAACUUGUACAAGUGCAAAUUGCGAUGACGAAUACCCCGAUGACGUUGGUGAGCCUUCAGCUGCGUGUACUGAUCCUUCUGCUUCUUCAAGAUCACACGAACCACAUAUUGGUGACUAUGGCGAGCAAGAUGCCGUUCUCCUGAAGAAGAGAUCACCAGUGCAUCCGAGGACGGUGCACGGUCAGGAGAGGCCGUAUAAGCAUGUAUUGGGUGGUUUCGAUCCCCACCCGCCUUCUAUAAAAGAAAGGCCUCAGUCUGCUUCGGGCUCUGUUGUCGCUCGGACGUUGACAAGAAAGAUGGUUGGUGUCGAGGCCGCAUACUCUGCGUGUACUGAUUCUUCUGCUUCUUCAAGAUCACACGAACCACAUAUUGGUGACUAUGGCGAGCAAGAUGCCGUUCUCCUGAAGAAGAGAUCACCAGUGCAUCCGAGGACGGUGCUCGGUCAGGAGAGGCCGUAUAAGCAUGUAUCUGCGUGUACUGAUUCUUCUGCUUCUUCAAGAUCACACGAACCACAUAUUGGUGACUAUGGCGAGCAAGAUGCCGUUCUCCUGAAGAAGAGAUCACUAGUGCAUCCGAGGACGGUGCACGGUCAGGAGAGGCCGUAUAAGCAUGUAUAUUGCGAUGACGAAUACCCCGAUGAUGUUGGUGAGCCUUCAGCUGCGUGUACUGAUCCUUCUGCUUCCUCAAGAACACACGAACCACAUAUUGGUGACUAUGGCGAGCAAGAUGCCGUUCUCCUGAAGAAGAGAUCACCAGUGCAUCCGAGGACGGUGCACGGUCAGGAGAGGCCGUAUAAGCAUGUAUUUGAAAUCAUAGUGGGUGGUUUCGAUCCCCACCCGCCUUCUAUAAAAGAAAGGCCUCAGUCUGCCACGGGCUCUGUUGUCGCUCGGACGUUGACAAGAAAGGUGGUUGGUGUCGAGGCCGCAUACUCUGCGUGUACUGAUCCUUCUGCUUCCUCAAGAACACACGAACCACAUAUUGGUGACUAUGGCGAGCAAGAUGCCGUUCACCUGAAGAAGAGAUCACCUGUGCAUCCGAGGACGGUGCACGGUCAGGAGAGGCCGUAUAAGCAUGUAUCUGCGUGUACUGAUUCUUCUGCUUCUUCAAGAUCACACGAACCACAUAUUGGUGACUAUGGCGAGCAAGAUGCCGUUCUCCUGAAGAAGAGAUCACUAGUGCAUCCGAGGACGGUGCACGGUCAGGAGAGGCCGUAUAAGCAUGUAUAUUGCGAUGACGAAUACCCCGAUGAUGUUGGUGAGCCUUCAGCUGCGUGUACUGAUCCUUCUGCUUCCUCAAGAACACACGAACCACAUAUUGGUGACUAUGGCGAGCAAGAUGCCGUUCUCCUGAAGAAGAGAUCACCAGUGCAUCCGAGGACGGUGCACGGUCAGGAGAGGCCGUAUAAGCAUGUAUCUGCGUGUACUGAUUCUUCUGCUUCUUCAAGAUCACACGAACCACAUAUUGGUGACUAUGGCGAGCAAGAUGCCGUUCUCCUGAAGAAGAGAUCACCAGUGCAUCCGAGGACGGUGCACGGUCAGGAGAGGCCGUAUAAGCAUGUAUUGGGUGGUUUCGAUCCCCACCCGCCUUCUAUAAAAGAAAGGCCUCAGUCUGCCACGGGCUCUGUUGUCGCUCGGACGUUGACAAGAAAGGUGGUUGGUGUCGAGGCCGCAUACUCUGCGUGUACUGAUUCUUCUGCUUCUUCAAGAUCACACGAACCACAUAUUGGUGACUAUGGCGAGCAAGAUGCCGUUCUUCUGAAGAAGAGAUCACCAGUGCAUCCGAGGACGGUGCACGGUCAGGAGAGGCCAUAUAAGCAUGUAUCUGCGUGUACUGAUUCUUCUGCUUCUUCAAGAUCACACGAACCACAUAUUGGUGACUAUGGCGAGCAAGAUGCCGUUCUUCUGAAGAAGAGAUCACCAGUGCAUCCGAGGACGGUGCACGGUCAGGAGAGGCCAUAUAAGCAUGGAUUGGGUGGUUUCGAUCCCCACCCGCCUUCUAUAAAAGAAAGGCCUCAGUCUGCCACGGGCUCUGUUGUCGCUCGGACGUUGACAAGAAAGGUGGUUGGUGUCGAGGCCGCAUACUCUGCGUGUACUGAUUCUUCUGCUUCUUCAAGAUCACACGAACCACAUAUUGGUGACUAUGGCGAGCAAGAUGCCGUUCUUCUGAAGAAGAGAUCACCAGUGCAUCCGAGGACGGUGCACGGUCAGGAGAGGCCAUAUAAGCAUGUAUCUGCGUGUACUGAUUCUUCUGCUUCUUCAAGAUCACACGAACCACAUAUUGGUGACUAUGGCGAGCAAGAUAAGGUUCUCCCGAGGAAGAGAUCACCAGUGCAUCCGAGGACGGUGCACGGUCAGGAGAGGCCGUAUAAGCAUGUAUCUGCGUGUACUGAUUCUUCUGCUUCUUCAAGAUCACACGAACCACAUAUUGGUGACUAUGGCGAGCAAGAUGCCGUUCUUCUGAAGAAGAGAUCACCAGUGCAUCCGAGGACGGUGCACGGUCAGGAGAGGCCAUAUAAGCAUGUAUCUGCGUGUACUGAUUCUUCUGCUUCUUCAAGAUCACACGAACCACAUAUUGGUGACUAUGGCGAGCAAGAUGCCGUUCUCCUGAAGAAGAGAUCACCAGUGCAUCCGAGGACGGUGCACGGUCAGGAGAGGCCGUAUAAGCAUGUAUUGGGUGGUUUCGAUCCCCACCCGCCUUCUAUAAAAGAAAGGCCUCAGUCUGCCACGGGCUCUGUUGUCGCUCGGACGUUGACAAGAAAGGUGGUUGGUGUCGAGGCCGCAUACUCUGCGUGUACUGAUCCUUCUGCUUCCUCAAGAACACACGAACCACAUAUUUGUGACUAUGGCGAGCAAGAUGCCGUUCUCCUGAAGAAGAGAUCACCAGUGCAUCCGAGGACGGUGCACGGUCAGGAGAGGCCGUAUAAGCAUGUAUAUUGCGAUGACGAAUACCCCGAUGAUGUUGGUGAGCCUUCAGCUGCGUGUACUGAUCCUUCUGCUUCCUCAAGAACACACGAACCACAUAUUGGUGACUAUGGCGAGCAAGAUGCCGUUCUCCUGAUGAAGAGAUCACCAGUGCAUCCGAGGACGGUGCUCGGUCAGGAGAGGCCGUAUAAGCAUGUAUAUUGCGAUGACGAAUACCCCGAUGACGUUGGUGAGCCUUCAGCUGCGUGUACUGAUCCUUCUGCUUCUUCAAGAUCACACGAACCACAUAUUGGUGACUAUGGCGAGCAAGAUGCCGUUCUCCUGAAGAAGAGAUCACCAGUGCAUCCGAGGACGGUGCACGGUCGGGAGAGGCCGUAUAAGCAUGUAUUGGGUGGUUUCGAUCCCCACCCGCCUUCUAUAAAAGAAAGGCCUCAGUCUGCCACGGGCUCUGUUGUCGCUCGGACGUUGACAAGAAAGGUGGUUGGUGUCGAGGCCGCAUACUCUGCGUGUACUGAUUCUUCUGCCUCUUCAAGAUCACACGAACCACAUAUUGGUGACUAUGGCGAGCAAGAUGCCUUUCUCCUGAAGAAGAGCUCACCAGUGCAUCCGAGGACGGUGCACGGUCAGGAGAGGCCGUAUAAGCAUGUAUCUGCGUGUACUGAUUCUUUUGCUUCUUCAAGAUCACACGAACCACAUAUUGGUGACUAUGGCGAGCAAGAUGCCGUUCUCCUGAAGAAGAGAUCACUAGUGCAUCCGAGGACGGUGCACGGUCAGGAGAGGCCGUAUAAGCAUGUAUAUUGCGAUGACGAAUACCUCGAUGACGUUGGUGAGCCUUCAGCUGCGUGUACUGAUCCUUCUGCUUCUUCAAGAUCACACGAACCACAUAUUGGUGACUAUGGCGAGCAAGGUGCCGAUCUCCUGAAGAAGAGAUCACUAGUGCAUCCGAGGACGGUGCACGGUCAGGAGAGGCCGUAUAAGCAUGUAAUGGGUGGUUUCGAUCCCCACCCGCCUUCUAUAAAAGAAAGGCCUCAGUGUGCCACGGGCUCUGUUGUUGCUCGGACGUUGACAAGGAAGGUGGUUGGUGUCGAGGCCGCAUACUCUGCGUGUACUGAUCCUUCUGCUUCCUCAAGAACACACGAACCACAUAUUGGUGACUAUGGCGAGCAAGAUGCCGUUCUCCUGAAGAAGAGAUCACCAGUGCAUCCGAGGACGGUGCACGGUCAGGAGAGGCCGUAUAAGCAUGUAUCUGCGUGUACUGAUCCUUCUGCUUCUUCAAGAUCACACGAACCACAUAUUGGUGACUAUGGCGAGCAAGGUGCCGUUCUCCUGAAGAAGAGAUCACCAGUGCAUCCGAGGACGGUGCACGGUCAGGAGAGGCCGUAUAAGCAUGUAUAUUGCGAUGACGAAUACCCCGAUGACGUUGGUGAGCCUUCAGCUGCGUGUACUGAUCCUUCUGCUUCUUCAAGAUCACACGAACCACAUAUUGGCGACUAUGGCGAGCAAGAUGCCGUUCUCCUGAAGAAGAGAUCACCAGUGCAUCCGAGGACGGUGCACGGUCAGGAGAGGCCGUAUAAGUAUGUAUAUUGCGAUGACGAAUACCCCGAUGACGUUGGUGAGCCUUCAGCUGCGUGUACUGAUCUUUCUGCUUCUUCAAGAUCACACGAACCACAUAUUGGUGACUAUGGCGAGCAAGGUGCCGUUCUCCUGAAGAAGAGAUCACCAGUGCAUCCGAGGACGGUGCACGGUCAGGAGAGGCCGUAUAAGUAUGUAUAUUGCGAUGACGAAUACCCCGAUGACGUUGGUGAGCCUUCAGCUGCGUGUACUGAUCCUUCUGCUUCUUCAAGAUCACACGAACCACAUAUUGCUGCGUGUACUGAUUCUUCUGCUUCUUCAAGAUCACACGAACCACAUAUUGGUGACUAUGGCGAGCAAGAUGCCGUUCUCCUGAAGAAGAGAUCACCAGUGCAUCCGAGGACGGUGCACGGUCAGGAGAGGCCGUAUAAGCAUUGUGUGCCUUGCUGGUUGAAACUGACUGCCAAUGAAGUGCGGUCAUGGUGUGUUCCUGAGGCCAGCAACCUUGAGAAGCGGGCCUUGGCAGACGUGCAUCCUGUGCGCGUGGAAAGCGCUGUCCCGGAAGAUGUGUUCUUUGAACACAUCAGACGCAGUCCUGGUUCACGUUACUAA